AUGGCCACCGUAAAUGUUGCUAAAAAUAUGUUGGAGCCUGUUAAAUCUUUGCCUAAAUAUUUUGGAAAUUUUAAGAAAAAUUUGUUCUAUUAUGUUAGCGAUAAACAUGGAGAUCGUUGGGCCAACCGAAAUAUGGCUUGGUUUAUUAUUGCAACUUGGACAACUGUCUAUUUUGUUGUUUCGACAAAGCUGGAGAAAAAAGCUUUGCGAUUGAAGGAAGAAAAGAAGCGUAUGAAGCCAGAUUUGGUUCGUGAUGCACUUGCGCGAGCAGGAAUUUCGACAAACUAAAAUAAGCAGAUGGACAGGAAUUUAAAUGGAUUUGUUAGGAAUUUAUUAGAAUAUAAAAAGAUUUACUUUGUUUUGGACUUUUACUUGCUACAAGUUUAUGUCAAUAUUUUUGUUUUGGGUAAAUCUUUAAAUUUUCUAUUUCUAUAUUUAUAAAUAGGUAAAUUAUAUAAUAAUUCAUAAGCUUAAAAAAUCAUAGAAUUUUCCCGCUUUGAAAUUUUUUUGACAAAUUUUUGCCCAAAAAUGCGGCUAAUUUCAGGAAAUCGAAUCGUUCGUUUAACGGCGUUUCCUUAAUUUUGAAUCUAAUUUUCAAGUUAAUUUUCUCAACUUUCGCAUUUUCCAUUAAAUUUAUUAUAUGUGUAUAUGUAUACGUGAUUUUAGUAGUGAUUUUUUGCAACUUUUCACCUUUGAAUUUUCUGUCUUUUUUAUUUUUCUUUAUAUAUUUGACCUAUUCUUUGUUUAGUAGUCUUUUUGUGUAUUU